AUGGCUGAGGCAGAAGCCAUAGGCAGCUUCAGGCUGGGCCGACUGCGCUUGAUACGCUUGCCGCCGAGUUCUAUCUCGCUCCCUGCGUCCGGGUCGAAGAAGCCUCACACCGCGCAGAUCGAGCUUGCGGUUGGCGUGACGGAUGACUACGGGACGGACCUCAUGUUCGAUUCUGUCGACCUGCGAAUGGAAGUUCUCGACGGAGGAACGCUCGAACCGCCCGCUGGCGUGAUCCUCCGACUCGCCAACUCCUCCUCCGCCUCGUCGGCCCCGAACAGCGCAGUCUUCACCUUCUCGCCCUCUAACGGUCCCUUCCACACCUUGAAGCUCUCGCUCACCUUCCAGCCGGCAUUUCUCACCUGUCCAGUCCUUCCAAGCCUAUCCUUCCGCCUCUCCGUUGAUCCUCGUCGGCCUUUACCCGCGAAAGCAUCAGAGGCGACCCGCUGCGUCCGUACGCUCGUCGGAGAAAUUGAUCAAGCGGUUGUCGAGACUUGGGACGAUAGGCGGUAUGUCUUGAUGGGUGUGCGGAGCGGGGAUAUGGGGGUCAAGGUUGAAGGCAGGGAGGUCAAGAUUGCGAGCGAGAAAGGCGAGAUCUUUCAUCCUGUCUCUAGUGUUCACCUCCAAACCGCCCUCCGCACAAUAUACCUCCCUUUCUCCUCGCGUGCCCCCUCCGACUCGCCUCCCUCCUCCUCCUCUGGGGCCACCUCGCUUCCAUCUGCCUCCCCCUCCUCUCCCCCAAUCUCCAUCGUCGAGCGACCAGGCUUGAACAACUCGACCGGCCAACGACUCUGGGACUGCGCAAUCGGCAUGUCGGCUUUCCUUUCGCUCUUUCCGCACGCUCUCGACGCUUCGGCGCCACUACCUCCUAUUAGUGCCGCCAACUACGACGAGCCCAGCUCGAAGAAACGAAGAGUCGAGAAUUGCGUUGGCGGAAGGAAACGAAGGAUCAGGGUCGUCGAGCUCGGCGCAGGAUGCGCGCUCGUUUCGAUGGCUGCGUCGCGGAUCCUGUCGAGCGCGCCAGUAGCUGGAGAGGCGUCUGUGCUGGCGACGGAUGUGGAGGCAACGGUCGAGACGACGCUUAGGGAGAACCUCGAGGCGAAUUCGGCGGGCAAGGCGGUUGAGGCGGCCGUGCUGGAUUGGGGCGAGUUGUCACAGGAGGCGGUGGACAGUGUCGUGGGCGGGCGGGCGCGACGACCAAGGUCCGAUUCGCACCACGACGAGGAGACGAGCCUGACGCUCCUCGCGACCGACGUCCUCUACAACCCUUCUUCCCACGAUUUGCUCCUCUCCACUCUCCUCUCCCUUCUUCAACCACACUCUUCUCCCGCAACUCUACCAGCCUCCCGCCGCGCCCUUAUCGCGUACAAACGACGAACAGAAGGCGACGACGGGUUCUUCUCGCUGGCAAAAGACGCUGGUCUCGAGGUCACCAAGGUCUGGGAAUGGGGCGAGGUCAGCGUGUGGUCGUUCGUGUAG